AUGGUCAACAUUGGGAUUCCCAAGAACUACACUGUGUCACCAUCGAGUUUUACUCAGACACCGUCGUUGAUCAUCAACCAUGAAGCCGCUGUAGAUCUCGAUUCCAGCAAUGCCUUUGAAGGUCCUGAGAAAUUGUUAGAGGUUUGGUUCAGUCCAAGCUCUGAGGACUUGCAUAACUGUUCCGAACCGACCGGUCUGAAAGCGGUUCCGGCUGAAAUUUGGAAGACAAUGCUAGACUUGGUCAACUGCCAGGUUCUCUCUAUUGUCGAGUCUCCUGAAGUUGAUGCUUACCUGCUGUCUGAGUCCAGCAUGUUCGUUUGGCCUCACAAGCUGAUCCUCAAGACUUGUGGUACCACGACCUUACUAUGCGGUCUUCCUCGAAUUCUUGAGAUUGCAACGCUCUUCGGAGGUUAUGCAAGGGCUACAGCACCUGACGUCCUUGGCAUAGCUAUCGCAGCAGCUCCUUAUCGAGUCUUCUACAGCCGAAAGAACUUUCUCUUUCCAGACCGACAGCGCGGUCCCCAUCGCAGCUGGAGGGACGAAGUUCACACUCUAGACAAGCUAUUCGUCGGAGGUAGUGCCUACAUGAUCGGAAAAAUGAAUGGGGAGCAUUGGUAUCUGUACCUGACAGAACCCUUUACCAUGCUCUCCGCUCCAGCUAGUCCAGCUAGUAUCGACGGCAGUCCAACCACUGAGACCAAAAUUAUCAACUUUCCGUCAUCUGUGGUCAAGGAUAGAGGUUCGAAAGUGAUUGAAGGAGAAGACGAGACGCUUGAGAUUCUUAUGACUGACCUCGACGAGGAGAAUGCCAAGCAGUUCUAUCUCGAAAAUGCGAGUGCGGUCGCAGAGGAGCAGUGGAGAGGAUCUCAAGCUGAGUCUGAUGAGAUUCUGGAUGUCUUCAGCAACACAUCCGACGACAGCGAAGUAUUGGCCAAGUCUGGUUGUCCGCCCGAGCUGACCACCGAAGGACAUGCGCUAGGCACUGUUGUGUCUGACACAUGCGGACUUUCCCAAAUCUACCCGAAGAGCAAAUAUCCAGAUGCACGAAUUGAUGCCUACCAGUUCACGCCAUGCGGCUUUUCAGCCAAUGGUGUCGUGCCUGCCGCUAUGGGUGGAAGAGGAACAUCCUACUUCACGGUUCACGUCACUCCUGAGGCGAUCUGUUCAUAUGCAUCGUUCGAGACUAACGUGCCUGCUGGUCAAACUGGUAGACAAACUGUUGAGAUUAUCCAGAGCGUGGUCGAUAUCUUCAAGCCUGGUCGCUUCUCAGUGACCCUGUUCGAGGCAAAGACCACUUACGAUGAGAUAGCUGCUGGUGAUGUUGUGCAGGUUGCUGAGAUUAAGGCUUUCGAGCGUCAAGCUGCUCGGCGUGGCCAGAAGAUGGACAACAUUCCUGGUUACAAGCGCAUCGAUAGGAUUGUUCACGAUCUUGAUGGUUAUGAUUUGGUCUUCCGCUACUACGAGCGCAAUGACUGGACAGGAGGUGCUCCGAGAAUUGGCGAGCGGUUCUAA